AUGGCCGCCGCCUCUACUCUCCUCCUAGCAUUACUAUUCUGCUUCCACCUCUCGCUCGCCUCGCCGGCGGCGCCCUUCGCUGGAGAACUCCUUGGCGAGGCGCGCGAGCCGGGGUUCGCCACGUGGCUGCGCGGCGUGCGGCGGCGCAUCCACCAGCGGCCCGAGCUGGCCUUCCAGGAGCACUGCACAAGCGAGCUCGUGCGCGCCGACCUUGACGCGAUCGGCGUUCCGUACGCCUGGCCCGUCGCGCGGACCGGUGUCGUGGCGACCAUCGUGGGCGGCGGCAGCGGUAGGCCCGUCGUCGCGCUCCGGGCGGACAUGGACGCGCUCCCCGUGCAGGAACUGGUAGAUUGGGGACACAAGAGCCAGGAAAGCGGAAAAAUGCAUGCUUGUGGACAUGAUGCACACACAACAAUGCUCCUAGGAGCUGCUAAGCUACUUCAAGAUCGGAAGGGUGAAUUGAAGGGUACUGUAAAGCUUGUAUUCCAGCCAGCAGAGGAGGGUCAUGGCGGGGCCUAUUACGUCUUACAAGAAGGCGCUCUUGAUGACGUGUCAGCCAUAUUUGGCUUGCAUGUUAACCCAACCCUUCCAGUAAGUGUUGUUUCAUCCAGGCCAGGACCCUUUGCUGCAACAGCUGCUCGAUUCUUAGCAACUGUUAACGGAAAAGGUGCGCAUGCUGCAAAACCCCAUGAAUCCAUCGAUCCUGUUGUAGCGGCAUCGACUGCCAUCCUCAGUCUUCAGCAAAUUGUCGCCCGGGAAAUCGAUCCCCUCCAGGGUGCAGUGGUAUCCAUCACUUUUGUCAAGGGAGGAAAAGUUCACAAUGCUAUUUCAGAGAGCGUGACCUUUCGUGGCACCUUGAGGAGCAUGAAAAAUGAAGGUUUAUCAUAUCUCAUGAAGAGGAUCAAAGAGAUUGUACAAGAGCAGUCAGCGGUACAUCGCUGUACUGCCUCUGUGGACUUCAUGGAGGGCAAGAAGAGGCCAUAUCCGGCCGUGAUCAAUGAUGAAGGGAUGUAUGCUCAUGCCAAGGCAGUGGCUGAGAGCUUGCUUGGGGAAGAGAACGUCAAAGUUGCUCCCCAGCUAGUGUGUGCGGAGGAUUUUGGGUGAGCCGCCUUCCAUGCUGCCGUGGCAACUGAAUACUUGAAGAAACAUGCAUCAACAUGACACUGAAUAGAAUUAUUUGGUUUCUUUGGAUAGUUCGG